AUGAUUGAAAAUAACUUGGUCAUAACAACUAAAAAAGGCAAAAAGAAAAUUAAUUUAGAAGCUCCUUUACUUCCAGGCAGAUAAUAUUGCUAAUGCCAUGCUUAAGUCCAUAAUUUGAUUAAUAAUUGUUUAGUAUGCGGCCGUGUUAUUUGUGAAUAAGAAGGAGCUGGUCCAUGCUUCUUUUGUGGUAAUGAUGUUUUAGCUAAAGGAUAAAGAGCUGAAUUCGGAUAAGAUGAGGAGGCUUUUCCUGAAUUUUAAGAUCCUAACAGUGAUAUAUAGAAGGCAAUAUAGCAUAAAAACAAAAUGAUUGAAUUUGAUAAGAGCAACUUUAUUCAAAAGAAUGUUUUUGAUGAAUAAACAGAUUGGUAUUCAAUUGCAGACGAUGUUUGGUAGGAUAAAAAAGCCAGAAAGCAAGCCAUAGAAUAGUUAGUAGCUAGAUAAGAAGAAAUUUAAGAAAAUGAUAAAUACAUUCACGUCUAGUAUGAUGUAACUUAAGGAAAGUGGAUAGAAAAUAAACCAAUUUUCGAUGAACAAAAAUUCAAAUAAAAAGCACAAGAAUUUUAAAAUCAAAUUGACGAUUUUGAUAAAUAAAGAGGAAGCGAUGACAGUGAUGAUGAUAGUAACUAUACAAGCGACAGUGAAGGUGAGGAAAGAGGAAAAAGAAGAAAAAAAACAAAUAAAGUUAUUAAAGCUUCUGCUAAUAAAUCACUUAAAUAAGAGUAGUAGAAUUUAUAUGAUGAAAUUAAAUAAGAGUUAGAAAUAAUAAAAUAAUCUAGUUUCAAGGUUUAAGGUGAUAGUAAUAAAUAAAAUUAAAAUGCUGAGUCUAAAAAGUAAGCAGAUCCCAAAAAAAAUAUAAAAAUUAGCUCUAUUGUAAAAACAGAUGAGUUUUUAGAAUUUUAAAAAGAAGUUUAAUCUUAAAUGAUGAAAGAAAUAGAAUAAAAUAAUUAAUAAAAUUUCAAUGGAGAAACUCCAUAUGAUGAAGCAUUGUAUAAUAUGUAAUUAGAUGACGAAGGAAAAUGCCUAUCUAUGCUAUAGCCUUGGGCUUCUUUGCUUGUUGAAGGUUUCAAAAGAUUCGAAGGAAGAUUUUGGACUACUGAUUACAAAGGACCUCUAUAUAUUCACGCUGGAGCUACUCCACCAACCUAAUAGUUGAUUGAUGAAAUAGAAAGUUAGUAUAAAGAACAUUACAAAGGAGUUAAGAAUAUGCCUCCUUUCCCCAAAAGAUAUCCUACUGGAUGCUUAAUUGGUUGUGUUGACUUACAGGGAGUAUUAACUAAGGAUGAGUAUAUUGCUAAUAUUCCUGAAAAGUAUAGAGAAGACAGUUAAUGUGACCACAUAUUUGUCGUAAGAAAUCCUCGUAAAUUGUUUUACCCUAUCAAAUUAAAGGGAUCUAAAAAUAUAUUUGAUAUCCCAAAUGAUAUUCGUAUAAACAGCAAGAACUAGCUAAUAAAGGUUCCAUCUACUUGGUAUGAAUGGUGUGCUAAAGAUAUUGAUAUAGACCUCAUUCAGGGUAAAUAUGAUUAGCAAGAAGAAGGAUAAGAAGAACAAAAAUAACUAUCAGAAAAUGAAAAAUUUAAUAUGAACUACCCUACUCUUGGCGAUAAGUAAGGUAGCUAACAAAAUAGAAAGGCAAGUGAGGAGAUACCAGCUAUUUAAAAGAAGCGCUCAAAUUAGAAAAAAGACUUUAUGCAAUCAGCUGAAAUUCAUAAUAAAUUGAGAGGUUUUGCUUCAGAAAUUAAGGUUAAGAUGGAAGGUUUCGGUUUUAUGCUUGCCCCGUUCUUAGAUUUGCAAGAAUAAACUCAGAUAGCUGACUACUUUUUGCAAAAGAGUGGAGGAUCAUAUAAAAUUGGUAUCACAAACGUAGACUCUUUCUAAGUUGAUAACACAUUCCCUUUCUUGGAAAAAAUUUAAGAAUUUGUAAUUAAAUCUUUCUGCUAUUUUACAGAGGGCAAAAAAUCAGAUUGCAUGAAUCAAUUGAAGCAAAUUGAAUACUUUUACUUAAAUUAAAAAUAAAAACGUUUUGCAUACAAUCAAGAGUAUUUCUUAAUUCUUAUGUUAGGCUGUGACUAUGAAAUUGUUGUCUAAAAUAAUUAGACAUACAAGACUAAGUAAGUUAAAGUAGCUAAUGCAACUGUUUUAAUGCAGCUCUAUGACGAGCAUACAUCUAUUAUUUAUGAAAGCGUCGAUUUAAAUACAAAAAAGUAAGCUAAGGAUAUAAAUCUCAAAGAUACUAUCACAAACUUGGUAAUCUGUUUUAAGUCCAAAUGA